UAAAAGGUGGUUGUUAAAAUAAUAGUUUAACAUAAUUUUUAAAUAAAUGCAUAAAUGGACAAAAUCAAAUAAACAACAAACACACACACAACAUUUACUGCGUACCGGGAACAUGUCAGCGUCCAUAGCUUUGACAAUCUUGAGAUUAAAAAACUUUCAAGUUAUCUUACACCGAUCAUACAGUGUAAGACGAACAGUUAAAGAGAUACUGAAUGGCUGGCUGCGGCAUGUAAGGAAACAGAAGAAUGUUGUGUUUUGCAGUCUCUAUGAUGGAAGCACUGACAAACACUUGCAAGUUGUUGCUGACCCACAGAUUUGCCAUGAAGAGCUGUGCACUGGCUGCAGUGUUGAGGUGGGCGGGUCCCUGGUGCCAAGUCAGGGGCGGGGACAGGCAGUAGAGCUCCAGGCUGACCAUCUCAGCAUUGUUGGUCCCUGUGAUAAUGAGGUGUACCCGAUAAAGCCAAAAACUGAGUACACAGCAGACCAGUUGCGAGCCUUUCCCCAUCUGCGGGCUCGUACAAUCUUGCACCAGAAACUUCUCAGGAUCAGAAGUACGGCCUCUAUGGCUGUACAUAAAUACUUUCUGGACAAUCAUUUCUUGUUUGUGCACACGCCAAUAACCACGUCUGUAGAUUGUGAAGGUGCCGGGGAAACGUUUUCCAUCAAGACAGGUGAGGAGCUUAAACCUGGUGCUGGAGGCAGUGAUGGUCCAGGUCAUUUCUUCAACAGCCCCACCUACCUGACCGUGUCUGGACAGCUCCACCUGGAGGUCAUCACAGGUUCAUUUUUGAAGGCGUACAGUUUUGGGCCAACAUUUAGGGCGGAGAAGUCUCCGGGUCGCCAUCAUCUGGCAGAGUUCUACAUGAUAGAGGCAGAAGUAGCAUUUACACAGUCAAUGGAGUGUAUACUGCAGGUGAUGGAGGGUUUGGUGAAGUCCAUGACCCAGUCAGUACUGGACAGCCAUGAGGGAGAGGUUGAGGACCUGUGGAAACACAGCCAAGUCAGCGACCAGUCCGACAUUGUCAACAGACUGCUUAAUAAGACCUAUAUCAGAAUGUCAUAUUCAGAUGCAAUCAAAAUUUUAGAAAAUAAAAAGGACAACUUUAAAGAAUCUCCAAAGUGGGGCUGCGACUUGUCGAAGGAACAUGAGAAGUUUUUGGUGAAGCAUUGUGGAAAUGUUCCAGUAUUUGUGACUGAUUUUCCCACAGAAAUAAAGCCUUUCUACUGCAGGCAAAAUGAGGACCAUGCUACAGUUGGAGCAGUAGACUUGUUGGUUCCUGGGGUGGGUGAGCUUUGUGGGGGGAGCCUGAGAGAGGAGAGGCAUGACAUCCUCCGACCAAGUCUGGACAACCUGGGCCUGACACAACCAUAUCACUGGUACCUUGAGCUUCGCCAGUUUGGUUCGGUGCCACAUGGAGGCUUUGGGCUCGGGUUUGAGCGUUACCUACAGUGUCUUCUUGGUAUCCACAACAUCAAGGACACUAUUCCCUUUCCCAGAUGGGUUCAACACUGCCCGCUGUAGUAAUGCAUGUCAACUGGGAUGCCUAUUGGAAUGAUAAAAGUACUGUGUUAUGUAUGACAUGUGGUAUUUUAAACCCAUGAACAAACUUUAGGAGGGGUUGCCUGUGUAUAAAGGGCUUUCUUCUUUUGUUUUUCAUUAAAAUGACUGAAUAUUGGGCAUAUCUCUGUAACCCAAUGGAGCCAUGUUUUGAUGUUAAGAAAUUGCAUAAUAACUUAAACUUUCCUUUCUGCAAAAAAAGCAUGUCUAUUGAUUGUUAACGGCUGUUUAAUGUAUGUCUUAGUGACUUGGGUCCAUUAGUUAACAGUGUAUUCUUACGGAUAUUUGCCAUGACAAAAUAAUAAAAAAAAACAUAACAAAAUAAAACUUUUGCAAUAUUUGUGUACACAAUGAAACUAAAAAUAUUGGUGAAAUAAAUUCACAAUGAUCAUGCACUACUACUUUACAAAUGAUCUGCUAACUGAUUAUGUAUGAAAUCAACAUAUUUUUCAAUGUGAAUCAAUGAAAGAAAUAUUUUGUAUAUUAACACAAACUCUGUGUGUGCGUGUGUGUGUGUGUGCGUGUGCGUGUGUGUGUGUGUGUGUUCUUGACAUAUUAUGUAAAUAUGAUCUAUGUUGAAAAUAAAUGGGAAA